AUGUUUGCGGAUGACAUGAAGAUAUGGAGUGUAAUUCGGGGUCCUGCCGAUGAAGACAGACUGCAGAAGAACCUGAAUCGGUUGGAGGAGUGGUCAAACCGUUGGCUCCUGCGGUUCAACGUUGCCAAAUGUAGCAUACUUCGCCUAGGCAACACAGCCAGAUCCGCCAGCACAAGAGGCUACUUUCUGAGCGGUGCAGCCCUACAAAAGGUCAAAGCCCAAAAGGACCUCGGUGUGCUUACGACGAGUUCCCUAAAACCAUCCGCCCACUGUUCGAAGGUGGCAAAAAGCGCAAUGUCCGUACUGUACGCCAUCAAGCGUGCGUUUAUGGACUUUGACGAAGAAGUUUUCUCUAAGACAUUCGGAACAUUCGUCCGGCCGCAUUUAGAGUACGGCAUACAAGCUUAGAGGCCGUGGGCUGUUGAGGAUCAAAACUGCCUCGAAAGAGUCCAGAGGAGAGCCACGAAGAUGCAACACGCCUAGUAAAUCUGAACCUCUUUCCUUUGAGUUACGGGCAACUUCGCGGAGAUCUCUUGCAAGCCUUCCGUAUUGUAAAGGGGUUGGAUUGCAGUCUGGCCUUCGAGGACUUUUUUGAAUUUGCUACCACGACCAACCUCCGAGGUCACCCGUUAAAACUGCGCACUCAGCAGGCACGGCUGGAUGUGCGGAAGUUCUCCUUCUCGGUUCGGGUGGUCAAACCAUGGAAUGCCCUUCUCGCAGAUGUUGUGAUGCUACCAUCUAUAUAAAGUUUUAAGAAGAAUCUGGACAUAUUUAUGUUCCGGAAUGCCCAAGAGCGAUGAGAAGUCGAGCUCACCCCCUGUAACUCCUUCUCAUUUUGUCCCACCAUUAUGGGCGUGUUCGAACUAUUUCAGCCCAGAACAUCUAUCUGUACACCACACAUUUUUUACGUUGCAAAUAGGGUACUCAAAGGCUUACGCCUAUUUCCCUCAAUAAACUGAACUGAACUGAACGCUAGGAAGGAGAAAAGAAUUCAGCCAGUGAUUAAAAUAGUACAUGCACAAUUGUGAAUGAAAAUGCAGCAGAAAAUGUCCAUCCGCAUGAAUCGUAGGAGCCAAAGCUUAUAGGUAGUUGAAGGAAAAACGGUGAUAUUUGCCAGUUUUCGGGCAAGAUGUCGAGCAUUUUGAAGCUCUAUCUAGUGGCUGAGAAGUUAGAAAAAGAUGAUUACCGGGCAUAUUUAGGAAAGCUUUGGUAAAUGACGGGUUUCUGAUGUCGGCAAAAUACUAGGGUUUGUGUUUCUUGUGUUUCUUCACCCCUCAGCUGGCGCAAAAACGUCUUAAAUAUAUACAUGAGCAAAAGAAAUACCGCCUGCAACGCGGGCAGUGAAACGCUGGAAUGUCUCUGGAGACUGAAAGGCAACAAAAGAAAAUUAAAAACGUAGUACCUGGUCAUAUAGACCUCGGCAACGUUUUCAAACAUACAAAAAGGCGAUCGAUGGUUCCACAAAGUCUACCUGGCUUACCUUUCUCUGAAGCACACGGUGAACGUUGUCGGUUGUGACGGCCAAACCAUCAUAUAUAUGAAAAACUGGCUUUUCGAAUGAAGCACUGACACUGUCCUAAGAAUGAGGGCGGAAAUAGAAAUCUCGGGAGUGAUAUCACUAAAGGCCUUGAAAUUGCCACACACUUUGCCUACAUUCUCAUGAGAUUCAAGAAUAGCAUGCAAGCAAAAGCUACAAAUAUGGCGUAGCAGCUUAAGCAACAACCAGAAUACAAGUCACAAAGACACUAAGGUAAGAGUAUAUUAUUGACAUGUCGAGUGUCAUCGCUGUAAAUUGGAAUAUAAGACUGCUGAAUCACUGUAUAUUUGACGGGUUAACGGGCAGAGUCGUGAACCGGUGAACGUGAAGACAAGGCAAGAGGACAAAUGACUUUAGGUCCAAACUUUUUGAGUGUCCAGUUGCUUCAUGAAAUUAGCAAAUCAGUCAGCCGCCUUCUAAUAUUGCUCUGAUUUUCAACCACAUUCAGACCGGAGCAGGCAUAACGUGCUAAGUGAUUAGGCCGGAGAGUCUGACUUCACAAAAUGAAAUUUCUGGAUUCAAUAAAGGGGGUGGCGCAAGUGCAGACAAAAAAACUACGUUGGAGACACAGGGCGAUUACCCCGGCGAUGAAUGGGUGGGAAAGUAUCAGCUUGGGGGAAGAGUGACAUCAAAUCAAAAGAUGCGGCUCGAUAGAAGGGAUUAAGUCAUAUAGUUAAGUUCGCGAGAUAGUUAUCUCGCGAACUGUGGCCGCUCUAGGUCCAACGCCGAAACUUUGUGCGGCGGAACUAAUUGGUACUUAGGAAUGUAGGGUGGACAGUGCUUCUUGUGAAGGUAUCGGUGGACCAAAUCGAAGGGUGACCAUCAUACAAAUUACGAGAAGUAAUCAUGAACAAGCGACUGUUAAGUGCUCAAACAAAAAUUAACAAAACACUACUGCACCAAGUAGGCACGCGUGGGAUAUAUGCGACAGCUGUUAGUCUUAGUAAAUGUACGGCUGUAUAACUCUACUUCCUAGGAAUAUCGCAGCCCUUCUGCGUCGACUAUACUCAUCUCUUUCUAUCUCUGAUGAUGGAUUCCGUAGUGAACCCAAAAGCUUAACGAAUAUAGUUCUUGUUCAGCAAUGGAGGGCUUUCUGUUCUAGCCAUCGGUCCUACUUCCUUUUAAUUAUUUCCCCGAACAACUAUUUCUCAUACAACGAAACGGCAGAUUAUUUGAUUGGGGAAUAAUCAUUCUCAUGUCAAAAUCACUAUAAGUUAUACAACAUGCAAGUGGACACAAAAGCAAAGCAAAUUAUGUCCAGGCAAACACGAAAUGACCAGUCAAACGGCCAACUUAAGAAAGUCGUCUUGGCAAAUGCUCCACAGCGCUUUUUUUUAGUCCCAUCUGGAAAUUAGGACAACAGAGCAACAAAAACAUUUAUAGUCACGUCUGUCAAGAGCAUCCAAAUAUUUUUUGCCGUCAACAAAAUAUUACAUUCAAUUUUUUUGCAUAUCAUCGGUUUGCUGAUGUAGAAAGAAAAAUACGAGCCCCUGAUUGUGAGGAUCCUUAAUAGAAUUAGUGUUCUAGAUGAUAUUGGGGCAGCAUCCCAUUCAGUUCCUAGAGUUUAAGGGUUCCCCACGUCGCAUCUUAGCACAUUUUCACUCCCAGGUGAACGACUUUUGCUUAUGGUUCUUCGUAGUUCCACUUGCCGUCGCGCAAACUACGUAGUUUGUUUAUAGGCACUCCUCGGCUGCUUAAGUGGUCGAGGAUUUGUUGAGUAUGUCGGUCCGCUGCCACCCAUUACUCGGCGGCCUAUGUUGUCUAAACUGAUCAUUCAAAAUUUCAGUUGGCUCUAAAUUACUUGACUUAGCCCUAUCAGCAGUGCAGAUUUUUGCAUAAAAACCCACGCCAUUGACUAACCUCUGGACUCCUCGCCUCUCUCCUCUGGACUCCUGCCAAUUUAUUCAUUCGCCUUUAGAACAUGACUAGGUCUGUGCUAAGGAAAGUUCAACAUCUUGCCUUGGUUUCAGCCAAUCUAGGGUAACUAAGUUAAAACAUAAAAGCGUUCAGUUAAUCGAACGCACACAUCCUAUUUCAAAAAAGCAAAUUUUACAUUGAUACCAGGGUCCGUUGUUUAACUGUUUACCUUGCGUAUGACGCGCAAGCGCCAUUUUACUUUCCGGAGGCACUGCUCGGUUAGUCCAUUGAUCCACUCAGCUUUGCCAUUGGUAAAUUCUGCACGAUAGUGGUUUUAAGGACCUUUGAAAGUCGGUCGUACCGUUGUUCUUUUGGAGUAAGCUGUUUAGGUCGAGGUGAGAAGCAAAUUCUCCUGCGCCUGCCAUAGACAGUUGAAGUGUCCUCCCUGAGGCCUUUACUAGUGACAAGUCGUCACGUCAGUCAUUGUGUUUUCACAGGGAGUCGAUGCCGCCUUAUGCGAAUGUGGCCUAUCUAGAGCUCAUAUUUCUUUGUAGGCCAGCAUCUUGAUGCACUGGCCUUAAGAGUCUAAGUUGACUAUGACCUAAUUUAACGCUAAGACUGAUAGUCUUACUGGUUCUUUGAUAUGCUAGGAGCCACUAAUAUCGGCUUGUAUUAGCGACUAAGCUGAUGCAUCUUGUUUGGCCUGGCGUGCAUACCAACUUGGGAGUGUCCGACUUCUGUAUCUUAGUUGCUGGCAGUUUCCUCAGUCGAAGGGGGCUGAGACUUUGUGACUUUUAAAUUAGACUAUCAAGAUGUGAUUGUAGCCCGUGUCUUGGUAGUUUCGCAAGCACUGUCAAAGGAAUACGUUAAUAUGUAUUCUAUUCUUUGUUUCAGCGCUUUCUCAAAUGUCGAUUUUAGGUUUCCCAUGGGUGACUACUCUGUGUACGCCGCCAACGAGGGUGGACCGGCAAACUACGGCGAGGAGCGCUCGAACUCCAAUUACGUGAACGAGUCCUCCGCGGCGAGCAAUGGCAAUUAUCCAGAUUAUGAUCGACAGAAACAGUCGCCAGACGAGGACUAUAACAACUACAGGGAAUCAUCUGCCGGCAAGGGUCAUGAUGAUCAAAGUGAUCGGCGCAGCGACGACAGAAGCCGCGAUCGAAAGCGCGAUCGGAGGCGAUCUCGGAGCAGUAGCCGUGGUCGGAGACAUCGAAGUCGUGACCGCAGCAGAGACCGUCAUUCGAGGCGAAGACAUUCGCGUCAUCGUUCCCCAAGCCAGACCAAAACGCUCGUAUACAAAUAUUGGGAUGUGCCACCACCCGGAUUUGAGCACAUGACCCCCCUCCAGUACAAAGCUCUACAGGCCUCUGGACAGAUUCCAGUCAACGUCUACGCAGCCGGGCAAAUCCCAAUGCCAGCAACUGCACCUAAUGCGCCUCUCACACUUAAUACGAAUAUACCAUUUGCUGGAAGUGCUGUCUGUCGCCAGGCUCGACGGUUGUAUGUGGGCAACAUUCCUUUCACAGCUACUGAGGAGAAUAUGAUGGACUUCUUCAAUAAACAGAUGAAGGCUCAAAACCUAGUCCAAGCUGAGGGGAACCCAAUUAUCGCUGUUCAAAUCAACAUGGAGAAGAAUUUCGCAUUUCUAGAAUUCCGCUCAGUUGAUGAAACAACCCAGGGACUGGCUCUCGACGGCAUUCUCUUCCAAAACCAAGCCCUCAAACUUCGCAGGCCACGGGAUUACGCACCUCUUCCAGGUGUCAGCGAGACACCGUCAAUCAUAGUACCUGGUGUUGUGAGUACGGUUGUUCAAGAUUCUCCACACAAAGUGUUCGUGGGCGGGUUACCGAACUACCUCAAUGAAGAUCAGGUGAAGGAGCUUCUUUUGAGCUUCGGGCCACUUAAGGGAUUCAAUUUGGUCAAAGACGGAUCGACUGGCUUGUCUAAAGGGUACGCAUUCUGUGAAUAUGUUGACCCUAACGUGACUGACCACGCGUGUGCCGGACUAAACGGAAUGCAACUCGGCGACAAGAAGUUAAUUGUGCAGCGAGCAAGUGUUGGGGCCAAGAACUCGGGCGGUGCUAUGGCUGCGCCUGUGAUACAGAUACCAGGUCUCAACGAUGCCUUGGUGCCUAAUACUACUGGUUCAGGCAAUAUAACCGUUCGCAGUGGCGGACCGCCCACCGAGGUCCUCUGCUUGCUUAACAUGGUGGAACCGGAUGAACUUAACGAUGACGAAGAAUACGAAGAUAUCGUCGAGGACAUAAGAGUCGAAUGUAGCAAGCACGGAAUCGUACGAAGUCUUGAGAUACCGAGACCCAUCCCCGGUGUUGAAGUCCCUGGCGUUGGAAAGAUUUAUGUGGAAUUUGCAAGUCUCAUUGAUUGCCAGAAGGCUGCCAGCGCGCUUAGUGGUAGGAAGUUCAAUAGCCGCCUUGUUGUGACUUCAUUCUACAGUCCUGACAAGUACCAUCGCCGCGAAUUUUAA